AUGGACCGUGCAGAGGCGAAAAAAGGGGGAGAGGGCCUCGAGUCAUUGGAUGACUGCUCAGACUCUGGCAGUGACUUUGAGGUCACGAUGAAUGCCACAAAGCGGAAAAAACAGGCAUUGCCCAAACCUCGGCCACCCAAGAGACCCAGGCGUAAAACUGCAUUGAGGACGACGUCCAGCCCCAGUAGCAGUCCCAUCCCCACUCCUCCAGACCCCUCCCUGCAGAGGCAGCAGAAUCCCCGAGGGACUUCCAGGCGGGCCUCUCCUAGGCCUGUGACGAGAGUGAAUGAGGGGAACCAGGGUAUCAGUGCAGAGGAUAUCUAUGAUGCUGUCCGUUCUGGAAAGAGUGCUAUGGUGACGGUGGUUGACGAGUGGCUGGACACCUACAAACGAAGCCGAGAGGCGGGGCUGCUGGUGCUCAUCAACUUCAUUGUUCGGUCCUGCGGAUGCAAAGGAGUGGUUAGCAGAGAGAUGCUUGACAGCAUGGACAAUGCCGAAAUCAUCAGCACAUUAACCAAAGAGUUCAAUGAGGAUUCAGGGAACUACCCUCUGUGCACUCCAGGCCCUCAGCUGAAGCGUUUCAAAGCCGGCCUGUGUGAGUUUGCUCGGGUUCUGGUGCGCUCCUGUCGGAAUAGUCUCAUUUAUGACGAGUACCUCUUCCCCUCCCUGCUGGCCAUGCUCACCGGGCUGUCUGACUCCCAAGUCAGAGCCUUCAGACACACCAGCACCCUGCUUGCCAUGAGGCUGAUGACUGGGCUGGUGGAAGUAGCUGUGAUAGUGUCUGUACAGCUGCAGACCACCCAGCGGCGACACAACAUGGAGAAUAGCAAGGGGGAGCAUGACAGAGCCUCUGACAGGCUGGAAGAGCUGCAGGCCACCAUCAAUGAGCUGCAGGAAAACAGAGAAGAGCUGUCCUCCAUGAUGAACGCCACCUUCCGUGGUGUGUUUGUACACCGUUACCGUGACCGGCUGCCUGAGAUCCGGGCAGCAUGUAUUGAGGAAAUGGGCAUGUGGUUGAAAAUGGAUCCUGAAGACUUCCUCAAUGACGGAUGUCUUAAAUACCUCGGAUGGACCCUUCAUGAUAAGCAAAGUCCAGUGCGUCUGCAGUGUGUGCGCGCCCUGCAGGGUCUGUUCCAAGAGAAGGAAUUCAUUGGCCGCCUGGAGCUUUUCACUAGCAGAUUUAAAGAGAGGAUGCUCAGCAUGGUGCUGGACAAGGACCCAGACGUGGCAGUGGAAGUGGUCAAUCUGUUGCUGCUGAUCCAACAGGGGACAGAGGAAGCCCUGAGAGAGGAAGAAUGCUCUCACAUCUACCCUCUGGUUUACGCUUCACACCGGGGCCUGGCGUCUGCAGCCAGUGUUUUCCUCUACAACAAGCUGAAAACUGUGAUCGCCGGUGACCACCAGGAGAACGAUAAAUGUGACAAUGCCGCCUUUUUUCAAAUCCUCAUCUCCUUCUACAUCCAGAGUGAGUUUCAUGAGCAUGGGGUGUACCUGGUGGACAGUCUGUGGCGUGUGGCAGGCGCGGAGCUGAGAGACUGGGAGACUAUGACGUCAUUCUUGCUUCAGGAAUCUGGUUUGAUGUAUGAGGAGGAGGGGGCUCUCAUAGAGCUGAUGAUGUGUGCCAUCAGACAGGCAGCACAGGCAACCCCACCUGUUGGGAGAACUCAGGGAAAGAAGGUGAUCCUGAGUAUGAAGGAUAAAAAGAUCCAGGAGCAAGACCGGAGACGCAUCACUACCCAUUUCAUCCCCUUACUGCCACAACUACUGGCCAAGUAUUCAGCAGAUGCAAAGAUGGUGACCCUCCUUGUCAAAGCUCCGCUUUACUUCGACCUGGAGAUGUACAACAGCGCUCAGUGGCUGGAGAAGCAUCUGGACCUGCUGCUGUCUCAGAUAUGUGGGAUUGUGGAGAAGCACACAGAGGCCACUGUCUUGGAGGCUUGUGCCCAACUGGCCAACACUCUUAGCUCUGACCGCUACACCUUCUCCUCCCGCGCACACCUGGCAUUCAGCCAGCUGUUGGACGGCCUGACUGAGUGCUUCAGCACCUACCUAAGUGACCUGCUGCAGGGUACUGCAGAUGACGAUGACACAUACAGUGCAGCCAUUGCCUUGAAAAGGAUUGCAGCAUUGAGCAGUGCCAAAGACCCAACAGGCUGGAAGCUGUUUGACUCCUGUCUCGAGCUUCUAAAGAGCAGGGUGGAGUCCAGAGACCUCGAGAAGGAGCUCAUGGUGUCGGCUCUGAGGUGUGCAGCCUUCCACCUGAUGUGGGCCAAAGUGAACGUGGUCAACUCCACACCAACCGAGGCGGAGCUGAAGCGUCUGAAGAAGGAGGUCCAGUCGUUCUGCAGAGUCUGUCAAAGAUGUUUGUCUCUGAACCAGACUGAGAUCAGAGAUAAGGCAUUUGAGCUUUUGUGCGAUUUGAUGGUGUUGUACAAUGAGAAUUCGGUCCGCUCUGAGCCCGCUCUCAAAACUCUCAUCCACCUGCCCUCUGACUCCCUGCGUGCUGAGCUGGCUACUUUCCUCCUGGACUACGUCUUCACUGAUCCCGAGGAUGUCGAGCUCGAUGGUGAAGAUGAGGAGUUGAAGAUAACUGUUCUCCAGAAGAAGCGCAACCAGCUGGCUGGCUACUGUAAGUUGGUCAUCUACGGAGUGCUGGACCUCGCUGCCGCCACGGACAUCCUCAAACACUACAACAAGUUCUUUAAAGACUUUGGUGACAUCAUUAAAGAGACCUUAAGCAAGAGCAAGCUCAUCAAUCCCGUACACAGCGCCAAGACUGUUUGUCUGACUCUGAAGCAGCUGUUCUCAGAGAUGCUUACAGAGGACCUCAGCAUGCAGGAUCUCGGUGAGAUUAGAGAUCUGGCCAAGAAGCUUGCCAUGAGCUUUGGCAUCGAUCUUCAUCGAGUUCGCAAACCACUGGUGGCCCUGCACACAGACGGGAUACGCUUUGCUUUCCUGGACCCUUAUGAGGGAGAAGAGCAGCACCCAAACUUGGCCUUCUUGGAGAUCCUCAGCGAGUUCAGUUUCAAGCUGCUGCAGCAGGACCGCACCCAACUUGCAGCGUUCCUUAAAUCAGUGUGUCCCAGCACUGCCCUCUCCUGGACGGCUGUGAGACAUUAUCAGCGUUCUUUGGAGGGACGCUCUGCUUCCAAAGCCAAAGACCAUGAGGUGGGAGGAGACGCCACCUCCUCACUCGAUACUCCUGUAGCUAAACGCAAGAGGACCACCACUCCGGGUUCGGUGUCCAGAGGAUCCUGGUUGGACAGCAGUAGUGUCCAUAGCAGCCUGCCAACCCCAGCCCUCACCUCCACCAUGCUGAAACAGACGGCAGAGCAGAAGACCUCCAGGAAACCAAGAGCCAAAGAGUCUGAUGUGGGCAGUGGCUUAACUGAGCCGGAGUCUGAGGAGGAGUUUUCCUCAGGGUUUCAGAUGCGAAAGGUGAAACCCACCAGACAUCGCCACUCCUCCUCCAGCCAGCAUUUCCCCACCUCGGACCUGAACUCCCACCUCACCCUACUUUCUCUGAUUGAGGACGAGAUCGAAGAGAGAGAGGAAGCUGAGAUUGAGAAUUAUGAAAGUGGUUCUGACAACGAAUCUGCGUACACACUGCCGUCCACACGUCACACCUCAGCGAGUGUCCUUGAUGAGCUCUUUGACUGAGGACACAGAGACCCGGACUGUCCUGGGAACCAGAUUACAGGCUCGAGUACAUCUCUUCAACACUGCUGCGUUAUUCACUGUUUUCAGUUUAUUUGAGAGGAAUAAAUAUCAGGGCCGUCUGUUGACCCCUUAUCGACUCCACCCUACUAGAUCUAUUUCAGUUAUUCAUUUUGUUGGAGAGGUAGAGAGAAAGACAAAAUAAUGUUCAUGAAGUCUGGAGACAAAAGUUGUUACAAGUUUUUGGAGGAAUGUUAAAAAUGCCAAAAGUUCAAAAGAAAUGCGUCAACGUUUAGUUAGUUAGAUCCUUGUGGUCUGGAUGUAAGCCGAGUGUCUCUUCCGG